AUGAUUGGUGGAGGAAAGAGGGCUAGUACACGUCAAGUAGACGAUAUGGCAAAGAUCAUCAACUCUACUACUGGUUCUACAGAAAGCUGCAUCAAAAGACUGGUACCACGCCAGACUCUCCAUAAAGAUUCGUUCCUUACAAUACCAUACAGUUACUCAUUUGGUUUAGCUCGAAAGAAUAAGUUGAAGGAAGCCACGGGUCAUGAAAACGGUCUAGGACCGGAGUCCUAG